AGGCGAAAAAUGUGCUAAGUGUACGUUGCUCUCCGUGUCCAUGAAUUCCGCGACACUCCAUAACAAUGCUGAUGGUGACGGCGGCGUUAUUGUCAGGUGAAACGCCUGUGAUGAUGCAGACUUGGCAGUGUUCAUGGCAGUGGUGAUGAUGAUGACCAUUGAGUCGAGGAGCAUCAUGACUGGCAAGAGUCUAAAAGUGGCCACUUUUGUGUUUGCCACCGACGCCGCCGACGACAACGAUGACGAUGAGGAAGGCAGUGAAUGUGGUGGUGCUGGUGGCGGCAGUGCAAGUGCAAGUGCCGCCGAAUGCAAGAGAAUGUCGUUUUUGUUCGAUUGGUGUCUCAUCCUGUUGGUGCUGUUCUUCUUUGCCGCCUUGCCCAUGGCAACCUCUAAACGCCAAAUCACAGGCCAGCUGACAUAA